UAGGGCUGGGAGGAGGAAUAGUUUAAGCAGAGAGUCACUGCGGCAAUACAUGCUUUUCUGUUUCUUGUAUUAUCUCUUAUGACCCUGGUAGGUUACUGUGAGGACUGGCAGCACCAGCUUAGUGCACAUUUGGAAACAGCAGCAGAUGCAGAGGCAGCAAAGCUCUCUAUAGACUAAGCUGCAUCCUUUUUGCUGAGCCUACAACAAGCAACGAUCCACUAUGGGGCAUGUGCAUUAUUAUUUCCUCUUUGCCUGUGUUGCCUACUGGACACCACUGAGGGUCACAGCGGUGAAUGACUUCUCCUGGGCUAAUUGUGAUGGCAAAAGUCUGCCUGUGACAAUACAGACGCUCACCAUUUUACCAGACGGGCUGCGGUUCCCUGGAGAGAUGACGAUGUCUACUAUCCUGAAUACUACAGUAGCACUGACCUCCCCCAUCAAGAUGAAAGUCACUGCAGAGAAGUUUAUGCAGGAGUGGAUAAUGAUUCCCUGCUUGAAUGAGGUUGGCAGCUGCACUUACGAUGAUUUUUGUGAUAUUUUGAAUCGGCUAAUUAAACCAGGGAAGCCCUGUCCAGGGCCUCUUCAUACCCAUGGAUUACCCUGCCGCUGCCCCUUCCAAUCAGGUUCCUAUUAUCUCCCUGUAACCAGCUUCCACGUCCCAGAUUUACAUCUGCCAGCUACGUUUACUAGCGGCAAUUAUCGUAUCAGUGUUGUCUUAAACCAAGGAGACCAAGAAAUUGGAUGUGUCAAAAUCAAUUUUUCUUUAGCUCGCUCUUUUUCUCAUUUGCCAUAAAUAGAAAGUCACAACCAUGAACACAGAUGGCAUUUUCCUGCUUAUUUAAUAAAGCAAUGCAGAGGACAAGGACCAUGUGGAGAGUGUAGAAAUUAUCAACUAUCAGCCUGAAUUUGGUUGAUUGUAGCCAUCACAUCAAUGAUUUUUAUUGGUUUUACAUUUAGCUUUGAGAUUAUUUUAAUCAGUUAUUGCACUUAGCGACACUUUGCUUUGCCUUACAAGCCCAGUUUUUCUGUAGAUGACAUGUAGAAGUCAAAAGAACAAAGUGUGACUUUUAUAUAACGUGACUAAAUUUGUUCACAUACUCAGCCUUUCUCUGUUUAAGCUAACCCCUCACAUGACUACAGGGGGUCCCCGAGUUAUGAACAUUAGGGUGCCCACAUGUUCCGGAUUGCUCGGGACAUUCCCGUAAUUAGCAGGUCUGUCCCAGGUCCCGGGCACCUUCAUUCCGGGACAAUACAGUGUCCCAGAAUGGAAUUGAUAGAGCGAGCAAAUCCCGCCAUAGCGCUGGUGCUCGUUCUGCCUCCAGCUUCACCUGAGACUGGCCACUGGUUGCUAGAGCCGCCUGGUGUCUAUCAACCAGUGACCUCACAGCCACGACUCUGACCAGCAUGCAAAGCGGAGGAGGAGUUUGUUAACUUUUCUCCUCAGC